UGAGGUGGGUGGGGAAGAUUAGGAUCAUGGGGGUUAGGAUGGGGAGAAGGUUCUGAAGGACAGAUCACCUCCCUGAGGCCUCCCCAUAUUCCUAGGAUGACAGCAACCCAAGAGAACCCGUUCCCCUAUGGGGACUACCUGGACUCCAGCCAGUUGCACAUGGAACCAGAUGAGGUGGACACCCUGAGGGAGGGAGAGGACCCAGCUGACCGAAUGCACCCCUUUCUGGCUGUCUACAACCUUCAGCCUCUGAAAGUGCAUCCGUUGGUGUUCGCCCCGGGGGUCCCUGUCAUAGCCCAGGUGGUGGGCACGGAAAGAUACACCAGUGGAUCCAAGGUGGGAACCUGCACUCUGUAUUCUGUCCGCUUGACUCAUGGGGACUUUACCUGGACAACCAAGAAGAAGUUUCGUCAUUUCCAGGAGCUGCAUCGAGACCUCCAGAGACACAAAGUCUUGAUGAGUCUGCUCCUCUGGCUCGCCUCACUCCAUCCCUUCCACAGCUUUGCUGUUCCCUAUUCUCCAGCCGAGGAGACAGGCAACACAGAGAUGCCCUCUCUACCCCGAGGAGGUCCUGAGGGCUCCACCAGACAUGCAGCCAGCAAACAGAAAUACCUGGAGAAUUACCUCAACCGACUCCUGACCAUGUCUUUCUACCGCAACUACCAUGCCAUGACAGAGUUCCUGGAAGUCAGUCAGCUCUCCUUUAUCCCAGACCUGGGCUCCAAAGGACUGGAAGGGGUGAUCCGGAAGCGCUCAGGUGGCCACCGAGUUCCUGGCUUCACCUGCUGUGGCAGAGACCAAGUUUGUUAUCGCUGGUCCAAGAGGUGGCUAGUGGUGAAGGACUCCUUCCUGCUCUACAUGUGCCUGGAGACUGGUGCCAUCUCAUUUGUUCAGCUCUUUGACCCUGGCUUCGAGGUGCAGGUGGGAAAGAGGAGCACAGAGGCACGGUAUGGAGUUCGGAUUGACACCUCCCAUAGGUCCCUGAUUCUCAAGUGUAGCAGCUACCGACAGGCCCGGUGGUGGGGUCAGGAGAUCACUGAGCUGGCACAGGGCCCAGGCAAAGACUUCCUACAGCUGCACCGGCAUGACAGCUAUGCCCCACCCCGGCCUGGGACCUUGGCCCGGUGGUUUGUGAAUGGGGCAGGUUACUUCGCUGCUGUGGCAGAUGCCAUCCUGCGAGCUCGAGAGGAGAUUUUCAUCUCAGACUGGUGGUUGAGUCCUGAAGUUUACCUGAAGCGGCCAGCCCAUUCCGAUGACUGGAGACUGGACAUUAUGCUCAAGAGGAAGGCUGAAGAGGGUGUCCGUGUGUCCAUACUGCUGUUUAAAGAAGUGGAAUUGGCCUUGGGCAUCAACAGUGGCUACAGCAAGAGGAUUCUGAUGCUAUUGCACCCCAAUGUAAAGGUGAUGCGCCACCCAGACCAGGUGACGUUGUGGGCCCAUCAUGAGAAGCUUCUGGUGGUAGACCAAGUAGUGGCCUUCUUAGGGGGGUUGGACCUCGCCUAUGGCCGCUGGGAUGAUCUGCAGUACAGACUGACUGACCUUGGGGAUGCCUCUGAGUCAGCCACCUCACAGCCUCCCACCCCGUGCCCAGACUCUGCAACCACCCCAGACCUCUCUCACAACCACUUCUUCUGGCUGGGCAAGGACUAUAGCAAUCUGAUCACCAAGGACUGGGUGCACCUGGACCGGCCUUUUGAAGAUUUUAUUGACAGAGAGACCACACCCCGGAUGCCAUGGCGAGAUGUUGGGGUGGUCGUCCAUGGCUCAGCUGCCCGGGACCUUGCGCGGCACUUCAUCCAGCGCUGGAAUUUCACCAAGACCACCAAGGCCAAAUACAAGACACCCAUGUACCCAUACCUGCUGCCUAAGUCCACCAGCACUGCAAACCAGCUCCCCUUCACACUCCCAGGUGGGCAGUGCACCACUGUGCAGGUCUUGAGAUCUGUGGAUCGCUGGUCAGCGGGGACUUUGGAGAACUCCAUCCUUAAUGCCUACCUGCACACCAUCAGGGAGAGCAAGCACUUCCUCUACAUUGAGAAUCAGUUCUUCAUUAGCUGUUCAGAUGAGCGCACGGUUCUGAACAAGGUGGGAGAUGAGAUUGUGGACAGAAUCCUGAAGGCCCACAAACAGGGCCAAUGUUUCCGAGUCUAUGUGCUUUUGCCCUUGCUCCCUGGCUUUGAAGGAGACAUCUCCACAGGUGGUGGUAAUUCCAUCCAGGCCAUUCUGCACUUCACUUACAGAACCCUGUGUCGUGGGGAAUAUUCAAUCCUACAUCGUCUCAAAGCAGCCAUGGGAACAGCGUGGCGGGACUACAUGUCCAUCUGUGGGCUUCGCACACAUGGAGAGCUGGGAGGGCAUCCAGUCUCAGAGCUCAUCUAUAUCCACAGCAAGAUACUCAUUGCUGAUGACCGGACAGUCAUCAUUGGUUCUGCAAACAUCAAUGAUCGGAGUUUGCUAGGGAAACGGGACAGUGAACUGGCUGUGCUGAUUGAGGACACAGAAAUGGAGCCAUCCCUCAUGGAUGGAGCUGAGUACCAGGCAGGCAGAUUUGCCUCGAGUUUGCGGAAGCACUGUUUCAGUAUUAUUCUUGGGGCAAAUGCCCGGCCAGACUUGGAUCUCCGAGACCCUGUCUGUGAUGACUUCUUCCAGUUGUGGCAAGAGACAGCAGAGAACAAUGCCAAUAUCUAUGAGCAGAUCUUCCGCUGCCUGCCAUCCAAUGCUACGCGUUCCCUGCGGACUCUCCGGGAGUAUGUGGCUGUGAAGCCCCUGGCGGUGGUCAGCCCUCCCUUGGCCCGGUCUGAGCUCAACCAGGUCCAGGGUCACCUGGUUCACUUCCCCCUCAAGUUUCUGGAGGAUGAGUCUUUGCUGCCCUCGCUGGGGAGCAAGGAGGGCAUGAUACCCUUAGAGGUGUGGACGUAGCUGAGGCUUCAGCCAAGGAGAGGUGACCGGCUGCUGGGCUCUACCAUGUCUUACUUCCUGCCCCAAACCCUGAGGACUGAGGGCAGUGCCCUUGGAGCUCUAGGGCGGUGGGUAUCCCUGAAGGAGACUAGAGAAGUCACAGAGGACCCUUACUUGAGAAGUAGCCAAAGGGGGCAUCCUUGGGCCUGGCCUGGGGAGACAGGAGAAGGUCCAAAGGAGGCUCGUCCUUUUGCUGUCUGGUUUAAGCCACUACUCCAGAAGAGAAGCCUACCUCCCGCCAGGAGGCCUGGGGGUUCAACCUCUUAUUCCUGGAGGAGGGGAUGCUGUCCUGGGCCUUUCUCUUCUCUCCCUCCUCUUCCUGCCCUUAAGUCCCCUCCCUGCCCCAGGGCCUUACCCAGCCCAUUACUGCCAGGAUGGAGGGAAGGAUGAAGCCACUUCAGGCUGCAAGCUCCUGUGGGGGUGGGAAAGGCACACUAACUUCUCCCACCAGCCUGCUG